UGUUUGUUUUAUGGAUUUCCCUAAACAGAGUGUCGGUCUUAUUAACAAUUACUGUCUAAAAUUCUAUAAGACAACUCAUACUUUCAAUUAGACAUAAUGGCACAAAGUUCUGUUUCCGUGCGAGAUUACACUAGUAAUUCUAACGACAACAGUUUGUCCACUAAAGAGUUUCUACAGAAUGAACAAUCUUGUGAGAAGUUUAAAGACAGUGACGAAGAAAUCAAGAUGAUAUUGACUGAAAUUAAUAAGCUUUCUGGUGGCAACAACAACAACAGUCUGCUUGCUGGUGACACCGACGAUGUUGAUGUCAUACUCAAGAGAGCGGAAAAUAUUGCAUUUGAAACAGAAAACUUAUUAAAAAGUAGUCCUAUAGCAUCUGUUCUAAACAUAGCUCCAGAAACUAGUAACAAUAAAGUACCAGAAAUUAAAGUUACUAAACCAGCAGAUAAUGAUAAUAAGGCUGAAAAUAAAACUCCUGUGCACAAGGUGGUUAAGCAGAGUGGUAAAGAAAACGAAAUUCGACGUAAAACCAAAGCGAGGCCUUAUUCAGCCGGUGUCAUCGAUUCCAAGAAAAGAGAGUCCGCGAAAGUCGCCAGGUUCGUCACAAAUUCACCAAAACGUGCCGUAACUUGCAAACACGAGUCUUUGAUUGAAGAACUCAAAGACACCACCGAAAGAGCCAAAAGUCUAGAGCUUGCCAACGUACAAUUGACAGACGACAACAAAGUUUUGAGAAAGCAAUUAGAAAAAGUAAACGAAGAGAAACAUGUUGCUGAUCUCAAGUUGGUAGAAUGCGAAAAGUUUAUCGGACGCAUAGGAAAGGAAUAUGAAAAUAGAAACGCCGAAUUAAAAGCGGUGAGACAAAAUGAGAGUAAAUUAAUGGCGGAACUGCAGAAGGAGCGUAAUGAGAGGAAGAAUUUAGCGUUACAGCGCGACAAGGACUCUGCUAUUACUCAAGAUUUGCAGAGACAAGUCAAGGAAAUGGAGAUGAUUUUGAGGAGGAAACAUCCGGACUCUGUUUCAGCGUUAAUAGUGGCUGCAAAAUCGUCAACUGUCGAGGACAAUAAGAAAAAGUUAUUAGAGGAACGUAUCGCGCGUUUGGAACAAGAACUAAAAGACAAAGAAACCCACUUCCAGGGAAUACUGCUGACCCUCCAAGAAAAGUUUGGUGACAUGAAACAAAAAUAUGAGAACCACAUUAUAGACGUAGAACGUCAGUUAAUGGAAGACCGAAAAGUGAACACUGAAUUAAAAAAUAAAUUGAAUAAGCUUAAUUUGGUGGAUACAGCUUCCCAAACUGUACCAAGGGGUCAGCAUUGUGUAAGUACGCAGACGGUUCUCAAACUUGACAGGGCGUCUUCUGCCGUGGCCGUAAGCAGAAUGACGCAGAAUUCGGCGCUUCUUAUAAACAAACUGAAGGAAGACAGUUACCUUUGUGCCACUAUAAAGGGUCUGCAGGCGGAACUGACAGCCAAACAACGAACUAUUGCCAAAAUUAACCGAGAAACUGAAGACCUGAGGAAGAAUUUACGUAGUCUGCAAAAGGAAAAAGAAGUCCUGCUCCAUUUAAAUCCUCAAAAGAAACCAGGCUAUAGACCAAGCGCCAAAUCAGCCGAGAACAUUCUAGUCAAAGUGACCUCAGAGAUGGAAGCCGAACUAUCAGAGAGUAAGAAACAUCAGGAAGUGCUGAUGCAAGAAAGAAGCAGCUUGCUUGACUCGCUCAAACGGACCAAUGAGGAGUUCAUACUGCUUAAGAAGAAAAGGAUUCAGGAUCUCCACACACUUCAACUGGCCCACGAAAAGGAGCUGAUGCAGAUGAACAUGCAAGUAUAUCCCCUGCAGGAAGAAAUCAAGCUUUUAACCAGGACGGUGGAAAUACUCCAAGAGCGUGUUAGGGCUGCCGACGACAAGCUCGUCAAGUACCAGGCCAGUGCUAAAGAGUAUGACGUCCAUGCGGGUGGUGACAACCCUAAUUUUAAAAAUAGGAAAGAUACUGGGCGUUGAUUUAUAGACUGAACGUAAUGGUAGAAG